AUGUGGUCUUCUCCACUUCGAAUGAGUCAACUAACUCCACCUGAAGAACUUCAUACUGUUGCCUAUGUGUUUACAAAUGGUGGGCCGCAAAUGAGGAGUGAUGAAGUAAAUCCGGUUGCAAAAGGGCAUCGAAGCAAAAAGAAACAUUCCAGAAAAUCCAAGAGACACUCUUCAUCUAAGAGAAGGAAGAGUAUGUCCCUGUGGUUAGACAAACAGGAAGAUGCUGCAGUCACUCACAACAUCCAUGAAGAGAACAUAAAUAACAGCCAACCAGCAACUGAUAACAUCUUGUCAACUGCUCCACCAUGGCUUGAUGCUGCAGUCACUCACAACGUCCAUGAAGAGAGGAUAAAUAACAGCCAACCAGCAACUAAUAACAUCUUGUCAACUGCUCCACCAUGGCUUGGUGCUAUGGCAGCAGCAGGAAUUUCGUCCAUGAGUACGAGAGAUCUGUACGCUCCCGUCAAUCACAAUGUCCAUGAGGAGGGGAUGGAAAAUGGUCAACCCCAACAAGAUAAUGUCGUGUCAAAUGUUCUGUCAGGGCUUAUUAAUAUGACAGGAGCUGGUAUUCCAGCGAGGAGUACCAGGGAUCCGUAUGCUACCAUCACUCACAACAUCUGUGAAGAGAGGAUGGAAAACGGCCAAUCCCAAACUGAUAAAGUCUUCUCAACUGUUUCCCCAUGGCUUGUUCAUAUGGCUGCAGCUGGUAUUCCAUCCAUGAGUACCAGAGAUCUGUAUUCAACUGUUUCUCACACUAUCUGUGAAUAGAAGAUAAAAAAUGAACAAAUAACACCUGAUAAAUUCUUGUCUACUAUUACAGCGGGGCUUAUGAAUUUCACAGGGGCUGGUAUUUCACUCAUGAGUACCAGGGAUCAGUAUGCUACCAUCACUUACAAUGUCCCUGAGGAGAGGAUGGAAAAGGGCCAACCCCAACCUGAUAACGUCUUGUCAACUGCUUCAACAGGGCUUAUUAAUGUUGCAGGAGCUUGUGGUUUUAUUGUAUUGUCUUUCAUAGAUGACACCGCCACUCACAAUGUCCAUGAGGCGAAGAUGAAAAAUGACCAACAGGCACCUGAUAACUCCUUGUCAACAGUUCCACCAGGGUGUAUUAAUCUGUCAGGAGCUGGCAUUUCAUCCAGGAGUACCAGGGGUGUGUAUUCUGCUGUCAUUCACGAUAUCCAGGAGGAGGAGAUGGAAAAUGGUCAAAUCCCUCCUGAUGGCCUCCUGUCAAAUUCUGAUUCACCAGAGCUUAUAAAUGUGACAGGAGAUCGUAUGCCACCCGAUGCAUUGGGUUCUUUCUCUUACGACUUCACAAGUCUCAGCAAAGAUGAGCUGAUUUACAAACCUGAUAUUAAUGAAUUUGCUGUAGGCACCAAAAACUACAGUGUCUCUGCAGGUGACCCACCAGUCACAGCAAUGUCUUCAGUGGAAACUGUGCCAAAUACACCACAAAUAUCUCCUGCCAUGGCAAAGAAAAUUAAUGAUGAUAUAAAAUAUCAAUUAAUGAAAGAAGUUCGAAGGUUUGGGCGAAAUUAUGAAAGAAUUUUCAUUUUGCUUGGAGAGGUACAAGGAUCUAUGAAGGUCAAGAGACAAUUUGUUGAAUUUACCAUCAAGGAAGCAGCAAGGUUUAAAAAAGUUGUCUUAAUUCAGCAACUCGAGAAGGUGCUUAAAGAAAUAGAUUCCCACUGCCAUCUCAGAAAAGUUAAGCACAUGAGAAAAAAAUAA